AUCGAAUGGCGACCUAGCUACCGGUAGCUCAGGUGCACUCUCACAAACAGACAAAGGGAGCACAGUCUGAUACCCCUCUGUAUAGGUUUACAGCAUCAUGAUGAUCAAGUCCACUAGAAGCAGCAUCAGGCAACCCAUGAAUAAGCGCCCCAGCAACCGUUGCGAUCCUCCUCGAUUGCCGUUGCGUCGCCCCAUGAAAGACUACGACGACGAUGACGUGGACGACGAGACGGAAGAAGAGUCUCAAACAACGACGGCCAUGGAGAGUGGUCCCACCAUUCAUACGGCUACUACUAGUGCUACCACAAGUAGUAGUCGCCGUUUGCUACGUCCCGAUUCGGUCACGGCGCUGCUGCACGAUUUCUACGACGACCUGAAUUCCAACAUUCACAGCAAAUCGCGGGAAUGCUGGAAGGCGUUCUACGAAAAGUAUCAUGCCGCGAGUUACCAAAUGGUCCGUCCUUCGGGGAAUCCAUUGGACUCGUGCGGUUUCAUUGAUCUCUUUUGUCACGACGACAUUCAAUUGCACGAGUUUGCUUUAGUACGAGUCGAUCGCGUCCAACUAUUGGCGGGAGGAUUGGUGGCCGUCGUCAUUUAUACCGUCGAUCAAAUCUUUUCCUAUAAAGGAAUACGACAAGAAGAUCGUGCCGUCUUGACAUGCGUCGUCGAAGAAUUGCAUGGAGAUUUACGGAUACGACACGAACAUCGAUCUAAUGGGCGGCCUUUGCCUGUCAGCAAUCUUAAUGAGAGCUCUAGCUCUAGUAGUCGAUGGGAAGAACACCAAAGCCAACCAAUACCCGCCACCAAAGAUGAAUGGCGCAAUACCAAACAGUCAGUAUUCUAACAGAACCUAGAGAAUACAAAUAAUGGUAUAUCUAGCUA